UAAAAUAAGCAAAAACAUAGUCUGCCAAGUGAAGUUACGUGGAGAUUAAAAAACAAAAACACACUCACCAUAAUGCUUAGUCUGUGCCCUUCAGAAUGAUUAAAAAACAAAAAGUCACACUUGCACUCUUGUCAAUGAUUGUCAAUUGUAAAAGAAAUCGUGAUUGAAUUUUGUUUAUUAUCUACUCUAUUGCGAAUGUUCUCAAUAAUUUAGAGAAAUAAUGGUGUAUCUUAAUUAAUUAUAUCAAAAUUGUGGUGAUAUAUUUAGUUUUGACCCAAUUCUAGUUGUUUGUGAUUAUAAUAUUUACUGGUAACCUCCAAAGAACAAAGUGUACAAUGCCGACGGUCCCUCGUAUUUAAUGCGCUAUUCCCAACAUGGAAUCCCUAAAUGAUCCGUUAUCAAUUAAAAAUCCGCUAAGGUUGGAGCGUGAUAGUGAUAAAAGCAGAAAUUGCAACGGCCCUUCUAAACAGCGAGGCUCUAACGACAACCCUGAAAGUGUGUUUACAUCCGCAUCAAAUGAGCUAGACGCAAAUUCAACGUCGCAAAAUGGACCACUACAAAGACAUUCGAAUUCUCUGAAUAACGAAUCGUCGCAGUCAUGUAGUAAAGCAAGUGACAGUAAGAAUGAAUGUAAUAAAAAUACUGGUGGUGCUACACAAGGUAACAAAGUAAAUAACUGCAAUACCGAGCAGGUUGCGACCCCGGGCUGCAGUAAAUCUGACACAGCUGACAGCAAUGCUGAGCCAGCAACAUGUUCAAAACACAAGUUGUGUAUUGAUAAAGCUGCAAACAAUAGUGCAGUAGUUGCUUCAACAAGUGGCACAAGUAAACCUGUAGACAAUGCAGAAAGCAGCAGCUCUAGAGAAAACCGCAAAAGACCUUCAACUUUGAAACUCAAUAGGCCAAAUUUUGACGACGAUGACAGCUCAAGUGAUACAGGCAAUGAUGACUACUCUUUGGGUUCUGAAGAUGGGUGUAUCUAUACAUACAGGGGUGGGGAACAUUUGGCAGACUUGCCAAGCUCAUUCUUUAGUCUAGACAUGGGUUUGCCUCUGGAUAGGCACCUUCCCCCUGGUCCCUUAAAUUACCCAGCCCAACAGGGAGCACAAAAUGCCCGAGAACAGAAUUCCAGAGCUUCUAGCCCUGAUAUGGAUUUUCUAGAAAUGGAUUUCGAUCCAGGACCUUCAUGUGAGGUUGAUUCUGGGGAUGAGUCUAGUCCAGAUGCUGACUUAGAAGCAGAAAUAAUAAUGCCUGAAGAAAACGAGCCGGUACUGAGAGGGACGUCUCCAGAGUACUUAGCUGGUGCUAGGUAUGUCCCCCCACCUAUAAGCGUUCCCACCACUUCGUCUGCUCCUGAUGCAAGUUGUUCCAAUGUGCCAUCUACUAGUCGUAGUGUGCCGACAGACCAUGGUGACGUGAGAGACGAUUCUAGAAGUUCUCAUUUGUAUGGACCACUAAUAACACAUGUUAAUGUAAGGGGAGAACAGCUGCUGGUUAGAAGAACCAUGUCUCAUUGGCCACAUUCCACAUCUGUGAACCUUCAUGUUUCAAGUGGUGAUCUGGUAUCACCAAGAGAAAUGUUAAAUUACUUCUUUCCAGAUGAUGAUGACACUGAGGGACCAUUUGCGCAUCAAAUCAACCAAGGAGAAAGGCCAAUGUAUGACUCAGCAAACUUGUCAUCAGCAUUGUAUCAUCUUACAAUGGCUAAAAAGCUUGUUGAAAAUGCCAAAGCUGACACAGACCAGCCAACAAAUUACAGCGAGGAAGGCCCAAGCACCAGUUCGGACGACUCUCGCUGCACCCUGCCGCCGCGGUGUAUGGUGUGGUCGGAGCGAGAGGCUUGCGAGCGGCAAGUCACGCAGAUAGGCACCUCGGCCUGUGGGGCUACUGCCGUCGUCAAUGUUUUUAUUGCAUUGGGCGUCCCAGUAAACGUAGAAAAAAUCAAUACAGCUGUUGGUACAAGACUGAGGGCUAACACAGCCCCACUACCAAGGUACCUGCUCUCCCGGGCUGUCGCCGGCUGCACAGCAGCGGACCUAGUGACGGGCAUCCAGCGCGCGUCGGACGGGCUGGUGACCGCGCGGUUCUUCCCGACCUAUCCGGAGCGCGCGGUCUCGCUGUCACACUGGCUGGCGGACUGGAUUUCUUUAGGUGCAGUCCCAAUAGUGACGUUAAAUCUACAAGUCGGUUGCGAGGGUGAGAUCCCAGACGCGUGGCACCAUCAAAUGGUGUUCGGCGUGUCAGCAGAGGGGGUGUAUCUCUGCAACCCUGUCGAAUGCGUGCCAGAGUCUACGCUAUGGCCGCGUCUUACGUCUCCCUCGGUUCUUCUAGUUAGAACGAGAGACGUGCUAUCAAGGUUCACCGCUAGCACGGAUCUGUCGCCGCUGAUGUUUGUGCCUGAUCGACGCUUCCACACGUUUAAUGUUCUUGGUCAAGUAGCCAACGUGAUACGCGAAUGGCGCUCCACCGGCUGGUCGGAACACGGAACACGGACGCGCCACGUGCGUCUCCCGUGCGCGUACACCGCGGGCGUCACGCUCGCCGCGCUCACCGGCUCCGAGGCGCACCGCCGCCUCGUGCACGCGGCCCAGCUGCCCAUACUGGGGCCCGCGCCCGAGCGAUAGGGCAACACUGCAGGCAAGAGAAUAAUACUACUGGCAACACUCGCCUCAGACAACACUCUGGCAACGCUCGUGGAUAGAGGAGCUUCCGAGGAAUUCAAAAUAGAGCUGCGAGCCAGGGAAGUGUACAUUUACCUAUUCCAUUAUCAUUCUUAUUUUAGUACUUUUACUGUUCCAAAAAUCGUAAGAUGACUCCGUAAAAUGUGCACGUAAAUUUACGUAUACGUACGUAUUACUUCAUUACGAACGAAUCAGAAACAAGAAAGCGAUUCACAUGUAAAAAUCUAAAUUGGUAAAUAAGGUCUAUUUUCCAUUAUCAAAUACUCCACAACCUUUAGAGAC